UAGGUAAUUGAAACUAACCUAAAACUCUAUUUUUCCAUUAUUUUAAAAGUAGAUAUGAUUAUUACUAACUUAAAUAUCGGAGUGUCUAUCUCGAGGAUCCAUCUCAGGGCUUUGUAGGUUUAUCUGGAUUGAAGAAACGGACUGAAGAAGGAGUUCUGGUUUGAUGCAACUACAUUUGGCGUCGUCUGUGGGAAUUCCAACUAAAAGCCCUCUUGUUGUUCUUUCAUCAUGGUUAACACUCGGUCUAUCCAAGCUGGAAGCCAAGCUCAACCUCCUGCCCAAGGCCAAGCUCAAUACCUCAAUAACCUUCCACCUCAUAUCACGAAUCUAUUCCCUCCUAUUAAACAUGUAGAAGGAGGCGAUAAGAACCAACCUCACAAUUCAACUCACAAUUCAGCUCCCAUCCCAAACCAAGGUGAUGCAGUCUCAGCUCACCGCAAUGCAACAAUAGGUCAGUCUCAUGUGAUCCUAGCUCAACAACCUCUACCUGACGAUGUCACACGACGUCUAGACAGCUUAGAAAAAAUGGUAGCCAAGCAGCGAGGUGCUUCACCUCCUCACCAUAACACUACUUCAAUACCUCAUCCUCUAAACACCAACAUAACAUUGGAACCUUAUCCUACUGGUUUCAAGAUACCUCAGCUCGAGACAUAUGAUGGAACAAAGGACCCAGAUGAUCAUCUACAUGCUUUUUACUCCUAUAUGCAGGCUUAGAAUGCCUCUAAUGCAUUGAUGUGUAAAACCUUUCCUUCCAUUCUCCGAGGCAAUGCUCGAAUGUGGUAUUACAGUCUGCCUCCAAGAUCUAUCAUUU